AUGGAUAGUUCCUGUACCUUUUGGGUUGUUUUAUGUAAGAUGGGAUAUCGUAUUAUGAGUCAAUUGAAUCGAUUUAAACAUUUAUUUGGUAAAGCAUAUAAAUACUUCAAUAAAUAUCAUCUGUCAACAAUAUCCCCAAUCAAACGGAAUCUCAUCACUCUAGAGAAGAAAAAUUUCAGCAGCAGCAAUUUUUCACAUCAUCAAUUCAAAGUAACACUUCCCCAUUACAAAAAGUAUUCAACAAAUUCAAUUGGACUAAUAAUGAAGGAUUCCCAAGAUGACGUAAUUGAACUUUGUAAUCAACUCACAGAAUCAACAAAGCUAAAGAAAAACGGAAGAUGUAUAAGAACAACUCAUAUAGCCAAUAAUUCCAAUAUUCAAAUUGAUUCCUGGAAAUUUCUUGAUUGGGAUUACGGUAAGGAAAAGAUUAAAUUACCUAUCCAAGCAAGAGGAUUAUUCACCACUAAUAACAAUACGAUUGUUGUAAGAGGAUAUGAUAAAUUUUUCAAUGUGAAUGAGAAAUCCAUCACCCGAGAAGAGAAUUUGAAAACCCAGAAUAAAGGUCCUUAUGAAGUUACAUUGAAAGAAAAUGGAUGUAUUGUAUUUAUAGGAGGGUUAGAAAAUGGUGAUAUUAUUGUCUGCUCCAAGCAUUCGACUGGGAAAAGGGAGACGGAUACCUCUAAGAAUCAUGCCCUUGCUGGUGAAUCACAAUUGAAGAAACAAUUAGGGAAUGAUGAGGCGAAGAUAAAGGAAUUGGCUAAAUAUUUAUACAAGAAUAAUAUGACGGCUGUAGCGGAAUUCUGUGAUGAUGAGUUUGAAGAACAUGUUCUUGCAUAUCCUAAAGAAAGAGCUGGGUUGUAUUUACAUGGAUUAAAUUAUAAUACGAUUCAAUUUAAUACUGUUUCUAUGGAAAAAGUUUAUGAAUUUGGUGAAAAAUGGAAUUUUAAACAAAUCAAAUCGUUAAAGUUUGAUGAUGUGAAUGAAUUAUUUGAAUUUUUACAUAAAUGUAGUGAAACUGGGAAAUAUAAAGAUCAAGAAGUUGAAGGGUUUGUUAUUCGAUGUAAGGAUUCCAAUGGUCAUGAUUUCUUCUUUAAGUAUAAAUUUGAAGAACCAUAUUUAUUAUAUCGUCAAUUUAGAGAAGUUACACGAGAGUUAAUUAGUGGAGUCCCUAUUCAUUCAAUUCGAAUGAAGAAACAUAAAUAUAUCACUAAGCAAUAUCUUGAAUUUGUUGAACAAUUAUUUAAAGAACAGCCAGAAUUAAUUGAUCAAUUUAGACAUGGACAUGGGAUUAUUAAAGUCCGUGAAUUGUUUUUACAACAUUUACAAGAAAGUAAUGGAAUGAAUUUAUUAACUCUUGAAGCUAAAUUAACUGAAGAAAUGCAGAAAUUAAAUAUUGAUGAAAAUAUUAAAUAUGUAUUGGUUCCAAUUGCAACUAUUGGAUGUGGGAAAACCACGGUAUUCGAAGCUUUAACGAAUUUAUUCCCCGAUUGGAUUCAUAUUCAAAAUGAUAACAUUAGUAAGAAUUCCAAAUUAAAGAUUGUUGAUUUAACCUUGAAAGCAUUAGAUAAUAAUCCUGUUGUAUUAUUUGAUCGUAAUAAUGCAGAAUAUAGAGAAAGAACUCAAAUGUUUACCAGUAUGGCUCAGAAAAGAGAUCAAUAUAUUGAUCCAUUAGUUCAGAUUAAAUAUAUCGCAUUGAAUUUCAUUCAUGAUAUAGAUGAAGCAGAAUUAUGGGAUUUGACAUUUGGAAGAAUCAAAAAGAGAGGAGAUAAUCAUCAAUCUAUCAAAUCUAGUACUGAUGAGAAUUUGGCUAUUAAUGUAAUGAAAGGGUUUAUUAAACGAUUUAAACCAUUUGAUGCGGAAAAGAAACCUGAUUGUGAUUUUGAUCAUGUUAUUCAUUUGAAGUUGACUAGUGAAGAUUCAUCAUUUGAGAAUGUAAAGAUGAUAAUUGAUGAUCUUGAGAAGAAUUUCAAACAACUAAUCACAAGAAAACCAACCGAUGAAGAAAUUAGACAACUGUUUAAGUUGGCAUUGGAAUAUAAACCUACAUUUACGAAAGAUAUGUCAGAGACUAGGAAAAAAAAAGACCCAUCAUAUUUUGGGAUAGCGAUCGACCAUCAAAGUCUAGUCGACAGUAUUAAUGAAGUGAUAUUGGGCAAUAAGUCAUGGAUGGAAUUACAGGAAAGUAAUAGAGUACAAGAAGAAUUUCAUGUGACUUUAGGACAUGUUAUGACAAGUAAAGAAAAUGAAGAACUUCGUAAUAAAUGGAAAGAACUUGGAACGAGAUUCAAACAUGAGAAACCUCAAUUAGGGAAGAAUUUACUUGAUUUUUAUUGUGAUGUUAAGUUAGACCAAAUUGUGAUUAAUAAAGAUAAGUUAAUCUGCGUUAGGGUUGAAUUGUUAGAUGCUUAUGAUUCGGAUUUCAAGAAGUUAGACAAGAUUGAUUAUUUGAAUACAUAUUUACAUAUUACAGUUGGUACAUUCAAACCAGAGAUUAAACCAAUGAUGUCAAAUGAAACAUUAACAAAAUUAUAUAAAGAUUCUACAGAAUUGAAAUCAGACGGUCAUGUAGAUAUGUUUGAAUUUAUAACAUCAUGGUUUAAAUCAAGCCCAGUACCAACCGAAAUAAUUGAAGAAAUUAAUAAUACUAUCAAAUCUAAUAAAAUCGUUGUAUAUUCAAAAUCUUAUUGUCCAUAUUGUAAUUCAACUAAACAAUUAUUAGAAACUUUACAACAAGAAUAUAAAGUGGUAGAAUUAAAUCAAGUAGAUCAAGGUUCUACUAUUCAAAGAGCUUUACAUGAAUUAACUGGUCAAAGUACUGUUCCUAAUAUCUUUAUUAAUGGGAAACAAAUUGGUGGGAAUUCUGAUAUUCAACAAUUACAUAUUCAAGGGAAAUUAAGAGCUUUAUUAGAUUAG